AUGGAGACUUCUCCCACCGCUUCAUGCAGUGGCAGUGCGGUGCACCGAGAGGCCGGUGCAUGCGUGGUGUCUGUACAGCCGCCUGUGGAGGCGUCAUUGGGGAUGGACGAGGAGCAGCACAGCUUACCCAAAGAGGCUGGAGGAAGAGUCCUUUCUUCUACUCUUUCUGUUCCCUCCUUGAAGUUGUCAAGGGCCCGCGGGCCUUUGAAUAAUGUUGAGGUCGAAGCAACAGAAGACGUGGGUAAAUGGGCCAGUGGUCCAGAAACAGAAACUGAAGAAAGCAGGGGAGACAUUAGGGACGCGAGAGAUCAUUACUGGGGUUACUUAGCGGUGCAGCUGCUGUGGAUGAUGCUUGUGUUGAUGCUGCGGUUGCUACGCUUAGCGAGGCAGCAGCUGUACAGCCACAGGAUUAGUGCUGCUGAGGUUUGUAUUGAGCGACUCGCUAACAGCAGCCAACCCCCAGGAGGGAAUGAAGUUAUUCAGCAUGAGGCGGAGGAAGCCAAAGAUGCAGCGCAGCAAAAGCAAGAAGGUGUGAAGGAGGAGGUCGCGGAGGUGAAGCAGGGGCGGGGCCUGCAGUUGGAGACAGGUACAAAGGCUCAUGCGGCAGGAACAGCAGCAGCAAGAGCAGCACUAGCAGGUAUAGCGGCAGGAGCAGCGGCGGCAGCGGACAGCCAAGAAGAGCUCGAAAGUUUGUUCAAAAAUGCUGCCCCAACUUACGAAAACGAAUUGGGGCUUCUGAGCGCAUGCACGAAGCCGCAAACAAAAGAAAUGCAGCUGGCAAGGACUGUUGUGCUGAUUUGUCUGGCGGACCUCCGCGACAGCUGCAUUCCUGAAGUGUACAUACACCCCAUGGACCGCCAGCUGCGGCAGCGGAGGGUAGAGAUGCACAUGAAGCACGUUCAUGAGUGUGCUGUGAUGCAGCAGAUAAAACCGUAUAUGCAUUUGUUUGAGGUUUCUCUUGCCUUAGAUUCACUUCCACAUAAACUUCACCCUGUGGUGCAGCGGCUUUAUUUCAGUGCUCUCGAUAUGCAUGCACGAGCAAGCGAAUCUCUGUACUUCCCAAGUUACUUUGCUGGUGUUUGA